GGAUAGUACUAAAGUGGAGUCCUACCCUGAGCUAAGAUAUCAGUGUGGACUCUACCGUCGACGAAGAAUUAUUAAAUUCCAUUAGAAAAUUUCGGUGCCUCGAAUCGGUUGUCAUGGCAGUGGAAUUACUCUCGGGUAAGGUCUUCCUGGUGAUUACGGGAGCCAGUCAAGGAAUAGGUAGGGAAAUAGCUGUGAAAUUCUCAAAAUUACUGAAGCCAACCUCCACGGUGUUGCUCCUCGCGAGGGGGGAGACGGGGCUCAAGGAAACUGCAGUUAUGGUUUCAGAUCAAGUUUCCGUGAGAUUCCAGAGCGUUGAUCUGUCUAUCGCCGAUGCUGCCCAAUUGUCUGAAAUAAUAACGAAGGAGAUGGGUUCAUCUCAAUUCGAGCGUUUUGUUAUCGUUCAUAAUGUCGGAUCUAUUGGAGAUCUAUCAAAGUUCACGACUGAUAUGAAUGAUUUCAAUGAAUGGAGGAAAUAUUAUGAUUUGAAUGUGUUCUCUCCGGCUGUAUUGAAUUCUGUAGUUAUGAAAAUAGUAAAGGAUCAUGGAAAGGCUAAAGCAGUUGUUAUUAAUAUUACUUCGUAUCUUGGGAUUCAACCGAUGAAAUCCGUGGGAUUCUACUGCUCUGGAAAGGCUGCGAGGGAGAUGUAUUUCAGGGUGUUUGCCGAGGAGUUCCCACAGGUAAACGUCCUCAACUAUUCCCCGGGACCAGUGGAAACCGAUAUGUUGAAAACUUUCUCCGAAACCGCAGCUGACCCAGAAGUUCGAACAGAAAUGAGUGACCUGAGAAAUCAAAAUAAGCAGUUGACAACUGAGCAAACUGUCAAUCGUCUCAUCCGAGUCCUGAAGGACCAGAAGUACAAAUCCGGAGAACAUAUUGAUUAUUAUGAUGACAUGGAAAGACCCUUGAGAAAAUAAAAAUGCAAAUUGAGAUAAAAAAA